AUGGGAUCCAUGGGUAGAUUAAUCUCCUCGGUCUCGGGCCCGUUCCAGCCGUUCGGCGGCGCCGUGGACAUAAUAGUGGUGCAGCAGCCGGACGGGUCGCUCAAGAGCUCGCCGUGGUACGUGCGGUUCGGCAACUUCCAGGGCGUGCUGAAGCGGCGCGAGCGCGUGGUGUCGAUCAUCGUGAACGAGGUGGAGGUGGAUCUGCACAUGUUCCUCGACACCAACGGCGAGGCCUUCUUCCUCCGCCACACCGGCACCGGCGCUGGUAGCGGCGACGAGGAGGAGGAGGAGGACGAGGAGGAAGAGGAAGAGGAGGAAGAGGAGGUUGAGGAAGACGAUGAGGGGGAGGAAGAGAGUGCGGGGUCAGAAGGAGGCGAGGAGGAGGAGGAGAUGGGGAUGGAGGGGCAAGGACAGGGCGAGCCGCAGCAACGGAAGGGAGCAGCCACGGCAGACGCAGCAGGGGUGACAGGGAAGACAAAGGCGAAGGCGAGGGCGGGGCGGGGGGCGCGGAAGGGCAAGGGCGGGAGGUUGAAGGUGGACGUGCGGGAGAUCGAGCUGCUGGAGGAGGAGGAGCUGGCCAUGGCGCGCGCGGCGGGCGUGGAGCCGGAGCUGCUCAAGAUGAUGGCGGAGGCCAACCGCAAGAUCCUCACCGACGCCAAGUCGCCCUACCGCGUCGUGCGCUCGGGGAAAAAGCCGCCCGGGUUUAAAGCUGGUGCUGCUGGUGCUGCUGGGAGUAACCGUGAUGAUAGCCCCGGCGGCAGUCGCGUGCUGUCGCACACGCUGUCGGAGCCCGAGCACCCGUCGUCCACAGGGUCGCUGCCUUCGCUGGGUCGCACGCGGGACAAUUCGUCGCUGUCGCGGCAGCUGUUUCGAAGCCACUCGCAGUCCGACUUGACCGACGCAACGGAACCCGCUGCCUCUUCCGCAGCGCCACCCGGGGACGGCGAGGGGGCUGAAGUUACAGGGCUUGCAGGGAGCGAGCGAGGGGGCGAUCGCGACGACGCGAGCGCGUCGCAGGUGUUAUCGCAGCUGGCGGCGUCGCAGGUAGACCCGUCGCUCAACGUAACCCCGCCUCGGCCCCGUGCGGGCGCGUUACCUGUCGGUGCCGCGACCGCGCUUGCGUCGGUGGGCGGCGGGGUGUCGCCCGUUCCGGGGUCGCUAAGCCGUUCGCGAUUGAAGCAGUCUCGUAGUGCGGGUAGCAGCAACGAGCUGGCUGAUCCGAUGCUGGAGGGAGGGAGAGCAGCGGCAGCGGGCAGCGCGUCGGACCUAGCGCUGGGAAUCAACGCCACUGCAGCGCAGCUCGCGUCUGCUACGCAAGCAGCCGUUUCCUCGGGCGCGGGCAAGAGCGUACGCAGCUUGGGCGCAAGCGCGAGCGCAAGCGGAAUGAGCGCGAGCGCGCCGUUCGUGGGCAUGGUGGUGAGCAGCAGCGCGGGAUCGCUCGCGGAUCACUCCGACCUCGACCUCCCGCUCCCCCCGCCCGCACUUGCCCCCGCCUCCGCGCCCGCGUCCGUGUCCUCCUCCGCGCAAGACCUCGCGCUGGUCGUUGCGCGCGCGGGGAGCGCGGGGAGCGCGGGGAAUGCGGGCUCAGGCGCUGGGGCUGGUCCGGCGCGGAAGGGCGCAAGGGAGAGUGGUGCGUUUGCGGGUGCGGGAGAGGAGGAGGAAGGGAGCGAGGGGAGGGAUGAAGCGGAUUUGGAUCCGGUGCUGAGAGAGGGGAGGGAGAGAGAGAAGCGGUGGCGGCAGGUGGUGGUGCAGGCAGCGGAGGUGAUUCAGGACGCGCCGUGGGCGUGCGAGGGCGAGUAUGCGGACAUGCAGAGGCGCAAGGAGGAGAGCGCGCGGCAGCAGGGCGCAGCGCCAGCGGGCAGGCGCAGCUGGAGCUGGUUCAGCUGGCGGUCAAGGCAGCAGAAGGCCGCUGCUGCCGCCGCCGCUGCUGCUGCUGCUGCCGGUGGCUCGGGAGCAGGGAACGGCGGGGCAGGUGGCGGGAAGGGCGAGGGUGGGGCGAGUGGGGAUGCAAAGAGCGGCGAAGGAGAAGUGGGUGUGCGACAGAGAGGGGGGCGGUCUCGCGUGGUGGAGUUCGAAAUUGGCGAUGGGGAGGGCAGUGGGGAUGCGGGAGGGAAGGGAGGGGAGGACAGGAGGCGGGAUAGAGGUGAGGAGCGCGGUGGAGGGGACGGUGAUAGGGAGAAGGGCGCAGGGACGAGGGCGAGUGGCCGGGAGCAAGGGGAAGGGGAGGAGGCGCAUGAGGGCGAUGGGCGGGGGAGCGCGGGGCAGGGCGGGGAGGCGGCUUCAGUAGAGCUGAUAGAGGAGCUGUUCGACCGCAAGUGGGUGGAGGAGUCCCAGCUCAGGCGCCGCAAGAGCGGACAGGGGGGCGAGAACAGAUCGUCCGGGGUCGGCGCCGGGGGGCAGGAGAGAAGGGCGCAGGGGGAGGAAGGAGGAGAGGUAGGGGAGGGGGAUGAGGUGGACGGGGAGGAAUGGGAAGGGGAGGAGGGGCGGAGGGUGUCGUUUGCGUCUGUGGAGCGGGGCGGCAGUGGGUCGUCGUCUUCGUCCUCCGCCAGCCUGCACAGCCUGUCGCCCGUGGAGCUGUCCCGAACCAGCAGCGCCGACGCUCAUGCACACAGCGCCCUCGCUCAUGCCAUGCCUGCUCAUGGCUCUGCUGCUGCUGAUACUGCUGCAGGUGCAGGUGCAGCAGGGAGGGGUGUGGAUGAAAGGGGAGGGCAGGCAGAGACGGCAGAUGGAGAAGGGGGGGAGGUGGGCGGGGCGGGUAAGAGGGAUUUGUUCAGGCGAGCGCUGUCGGAGAAUCAGCGGUUCUACUCGUUCAAGAAGUCGGCCUCUGACUCGGGGGCCUCUGUGGAGGGAUCUGGCGAGACGGAGGUGGCACAGGGGGGACGUGGUGAGGCAGGCAGAGUGGAGACAGAGCACACAAAGGGAGAGCAGGAGGCGGCGCCGGAUAGGGAGGCGAAGCAGGAUGCGGCGAGACAAGUAGAGGAGUGUGUACAAGGAGUUGAAGCAGAGCCGACACGAGCAGUGGAGCUGGCCAAUGGCACGGUGCCACGUGUCUGUGUGGAACCUGAUGAUGUGGACGGCAGGGAUGGUAGCGAGGGUGAGGCGGCAGGGGUUCCAGGAAUGGUGGGCGAGGAGGACAGGGGCGAGGAGGGGCGGAGAGGAGCAGGGGGGGUGGAUCUAGUAGCAGAGGACAGCAAGGUCGCUGCUGCUGCUGCCCAUGCCGCCGCUGCUCUAGUUGCUGCUGCUCGUGCUCGUGAUGCUGAGUUUCCCACUGCUUCUGUUCCUGCUUCUGCUGCUGCUGCUGCUGCCACUAUUGCUGAUAUUCCCAAGGAUGCCUUUGCUGAUGGUGCCGAAACUGCUAGUGCUGACGUUGUUGCUGCUGCUGCAGCUGCCAUUGAUGCUACGGAUGCUGUAGCAGCAGGCGCGGCUUCCCCUGCAGCAGGUGGUGGUGGACUGGAGGAGGCUGCACGGCCAACUGGGAGUGCAGGGGCCCAGGACAGCAGCGCUGAGGCCACAGCAGCACGCACAGCAGCAGGCACAACAGGUGGCAGUGAAGGAGUGAUAGGUGUGGAAUCCGUGGGCGAGGCUUUGGGAGAGGCAGGUGGACGCUCCUCACUGCCUCUGCCGGCCCCUGUCUCCCAUGGUGACAGUACCGAGCGUGGCGGCCAUGCCAGUGAGUGUGACAGUAUCGAUCGUGAUGGUAAGGAGGGGCAUGAGGGGCUUGGUGUGGGCGAGGAGUGUGAAGGGAAGGGGUUGGUGCAAGUGGAGGGGAGGAAUGGGGAGUUGGAGGCAGGGGGUGAGGCUGAGGUGGAGGCGAGAGAGGAGGACGGUGAGGAGGAGGGCCCAGGGAGUGGAAAGGCAGGGGGAGGGGGCAAGAAGAAGAGGAGGAAAAGAAGAGGGAAGAAAGGAAAGGGGGAGAAGGAGGAGGAGAGCAUGGGGGAGAGAGGUAGGGAAGAGGAGUGUGGGAAGGUAGGUGAGGCAGGUGAAGGUAGUGGUGGUGGUGGUGGUGGGGCAGAGAGCAGGGAGGGUGUGCGCAGUGCAGAGGCGGGUGAGGCGCACGAGAGAGGCGAGCACGGUGAGAAUGAUGGCGGUAGCUCACUGCGUGGUGUCAUGAUGGCAGGGGAGAAGGUAGAGAACGAGGGGGACGAGGGAGGAGAUGGGGUAGAGAAGGGUGAGGGAGAAACGGAGGGGGAGGUAAAAAGGGAGGAAGAGGGAGAAGGGCAGAGAGCAGAGGAAAGGGAGAAGCUGGUGGGGGGGGGGAUUGCAGUGGAGGGCGGUGAUACAGGGAGCGGUGAGGUUGCGGGUGAGGGAGGAAGGAGGGAGGAUGGAGUGGCAGGUGCGGCUGUGGAUGCUAGUGCGGCAGGUAGCAGCGGGAGCUAUGGCGUUGGUGAAGUGGCAAGCGAGGUGCAGAAGAGAGUGCAGGAGGUGCAGGAGGAGGGGGUACACGAGGGGUCUGGAGAGGGGGACAGUGGAGGGAGAGGGGAGCGUGACGGGGUUGUUGAGGCACGCAGAGAAGAGGGCGAGGUGGGCGCGGAGGAGAGCGGUGAGGGCGUGGUGGUGGUGGCGGGGGGUGACAGUGCAGGUGCAUGCCACAGCAGUGUGGGGCCGGGCGCUGGUGCCGUGGGUGGUGCGGUGGUGCGCGGAGAGUGCGUGGAUGAGGGUGGGAAGGAGGGGGCAAAGGAGGUGAAUGCCAAGGAGGGUGGGGAGGAGGAGAGUACGAAGGUGGGGGGUGGGGAAGUGAGUGCGAAGGAGGAGGGUGCGAAGGAGGAGGGUGCGAAGGAGGAGGGUGCGAAGGAGGAGGGUGCGAAUGAGGAGGGUGCGAAUGAGGAGGGUGCGAAGGAGGAGGGUGGUGAGGAGGAGGGUGGUGAGGAGAGCACUCGUUCGACGGAGGGUGAGGAGUACGGGGAGGCGCAUGUGAGUGAUAUGCAAGAGAAGGCAC